UUCAACUUAACUACUCACAAUGACCCAAAAAGGGUGGUGAGGGUAAGGGACCAAACAACAUUUCAUCAGCUACAUGGAUAAUAAAAAACCUAAUCUAAAACACUACAAGCUAAAAUGACAUUGGUCACAAUCCAUUUCACAAAAGCACACCUAUUCUCGCAAAUGAGUUAUAACUCAAAUGACAUAGUCUUCCAAUACUCAUACAGAGAUUAUGAGUUCGAGUAAUCUGUUCACGAAUAACAGGUUCAUCAGAAAUGAUACAUAAACUAAGAAAUUUUCAUCCAAAAAGCUAUUAACCUCUUAACCUGGAAGGCUUCCCGUGUUAUAAUACCUCUUAAAAAAUUGUACCGGAUCAGAGACAGUCGCUCAGCAUUAACCAUCUACUUCAGCUAACUGAUUCCUGAUUUGGAAUACAUUGACAGCGUCCACCAAACCGUGCUGCUCUUUCUUAGCAUUAUCCGUUUCGUUGUGCUGCUGAAUGCCAACACCAGCUUUCACUUUCUACUCUACAAUGUCAGCUUCAGCUUCGUUUCUUGCUCCGUCCCCCUCUUUCGCUCCAUUCAGGGGUUGCAAAGAGGUUCCACGUAUGUUUUCAGUGUCUAACAAAAAGGAGAAUCGCACUUCAAAGCUUUACAUUAUACCCAUCACCACUGUUACUCGCUUUUGUGCCUCAACAGCUUCACUUGAGUCCUUGCACUUUGCUGACACUAAUGCUAAUCAAAAUCACAGAAUAAACGAAUUUGAGAAUGAGUUGAACGAGUUCUUUGAUGAAGUGAAAACAAUGAUUAGAAUGGGAAAAAGAGAUGAUGCUCUUGACCUACUUAAUGCCGGCUCUAAAGGCAUUCAAGAAGCUGCAAUUCUGGAUGUCUUAGCGCUGGGUUAUGUGGCUGUUGGAGACCUAGAAACUGUUGCUUCUCUGUUGAAUGUGAUGAGAAAAGUGAUUGACAAUUUGAAGGAUGACACACAACAUCUAGAUUUGAUACUUACGCAUAUGGGAAGUAUGUAUUCAACAUUGAGCAAGUUUGGAAAAUCACUGGACACGUAUCAAAGGGCUUUCAACAUUAUGGAAAGGACCUAUGGUAACGACAGCCCUUUUCUUGUCACACCCUAUUUGGCUAUGGCAAAGGUUCUUGGUUCAACUGGAAAAGCAACAAAAGCCAUAGAGAAAUACCAGUGUGCAAUAACUAUUUUGGAGUCUAAGAGAGGUGCUGAAAGUAAGGAUUUGGUUGUACCUUUACUUGGUCUUGGCAAUCUUUUACUGAAAGAAAGAAGAGUCAACGAUGCAGAAACUCAUUUUACUAGGGUUCUCGACAUAUACACAAAGUCAUAUGGACAAAAUGAUGGAAGAAUUGGAUUGGCCAUGAGUUCCCUUGCCCAAGUUAAGUGUGCUCAAGGGAAGUCAGAUGAAGCAAUCAAUUUGUAUGAACAUGCACUUCAUGUCAUGAAAGAUUCCAAUUACUUGUCGCCAGAUGACAGCAUCAUGGAAAAGAUGAGGGUAGAUCUUGCUGAGUUGCUUCAUGCUGUCGGGAGAGAGGCACAAAGGAAAAGGUCACCCCGGCUUAGUGACACACAUGAUAAAUCUUGCAACUUCAUAUUCCCAAUCGAAGAAUUAUGCAGAGGCCGAGCACUUGUUGAGAAGAGUUUGGAAAUAAUGAUAAAGCAGAAAGGAAGCGAUGACCAGUUCGUCAGCUUUCCAAUGUUGCAACUUGCAGUUACGCUUCACCAUUUGAAACAAGAUGAAGAAGCUGAGAAACUGGCACUGGAUGCUUUGCGCAUCCGUGAGAAGGCAUUUGGAGAAGAUUCUCUUCCAGUUGGGGAGGCUUUUGACUGUUUGGUGUCUAUUCAAACUCAAGUUGGUAAAGAUGAGAGCGAGUUAGUUGUGCUACUUAGAAGGAUUCUAGGUAUACAAGAGAGAGAAUUUGGAUACGAGAGUGAGGAAGUUUUGGUUACAGUGAAAAAGAUUGUAUUCUUGUUGGAUAAACUAGGGAGAAGAGAUGAAAUGCUUCCCUUGCAGAGGAGGUUGUCUCUGCUUAGAAAGAAGUAUAAGCAGAUGAUUCAUCACUGAGGGACUAUAAUAUGUGCCUCCUUGGUGCCGUCUUUGUGAGCUUAAAUGGCAACCUAAAUGGUUUAAAAAGUUAAUACAAAUAGAAAUAGAAAGUCGACCAAUCAGAUUGGUUAUGAUAGUAAACUGUUUUUUGUUUAGGAACUGUGAAAUGAGUACAUGAGGAAAAUAUUGAGAGGACCUGCGCUGUCGCUGUGGCCCAUAUCUCUCUCAAAUUGCAAGGGAUAAAUGAAAAUAAUGGGUAACUAGCUGAAUAAGAUGUCUAAAAGGGAUAAAAAGAAUGUUUAAUUUCCAUAUAUUGUUACAUAAAUAAUCUAUAUGAAUUAUUCUUUUCCUUUAAAAUAAUUAUCACUUUGAUUUUGUCAUGAUAAAGGACAAGAAACACAGAGAAGUGGAAAACGAAAUACAAUCCACAUCCCAAAGGUGUCACUGGAAAGACAAUCU